CGUUGUCUUGGUGGUUGCGCUUGGUGAUGUGUCGUGUUCGGUGGUGGUGGCGGCACGUCCCAUCGAGUCCAGUAGAACGAAAUCGCCGUGCCAUCGCAUAAAAGGCGUCGCCGGAACGAAUGCAUCGCGCUCAAUCUUUCUGUGCACAGCUGUUCCAAGACUCCGAUUUCGUCGCCAUCCGGAGAAGCGGCUUGCGCCACACCUUUAGUACCCCGGAAGACAGUCGUCGCCUUUUCCGUUUUACGGCCCAAAAACUGCCCAGCGACGCGGAGAGAAAACCGACGUGUGCGCUUGUGUGUGUGUGUGUUUCCGUGCAGCUCUGUUGUCGCCGCAGGUGUCAGCCUAUUUAUCUCUACGACUCGGAGUGCAAAGAAGCUGCAGUCAUCCACUCAUUCCCCACGUCUGCGAACGGACUCUUGCUUGUUGCUGUGCGACGGGUUGCUGUGAAACGCGCCUCCCUUCAAGCCCAAGGAAGAGUGUGCAUUGGAGAACGGUCUGUCGCUUAACGAUUAGCGGUGAUUUGUUGUGCCGCUAACGACGCGCGCUUGGCUUCGAGCCGCACUUCGCGUAGGGAUAGAACUUCGACAUAUUCAGGCUCAGUGACAGUCCAAGGGGCCAAGGAUCUGUACAAGUUGAAAAAGACGAAGAAAUCGCCUUCCUGGCUUCGGCGUCGCUAUGCCAUUGAUCCCUCCUCGUUGCAUCGCGAAAGUGUGAACAUCGUCUCUAGUGCUCCUCCUGGACAGGCGAUUUGGUCGGACUAAAAGGGCGGCGCCAGCAAGCCCCGAACACUGUUCCCGAUCAACCAUUGCUUCCUGGAAGGAUCGCUUAACAAGCAGGAGCGAACCGCUCCGAAGAAGCGAUACACCGAACGGCAAUACGUCGGCGCGUCAACCGAUUCAACCGCUAACGCCCCGCGGUGUGUCUCCGCACGAGCCCCGAGUUCAGGGAGUCGUUGCCGUCGCUGCCGCUGCCACAUCGUGCGCAUCCUUGACCCCUGCACUUCCUCGACACGUAUUCGAGUUGGCGAUGGCUCCUGUAGCGGAAGCGCUUCUUCCGUCUUGGGCCCGCGUCGCUCGGCGUGCGGCCGUCCCGUCAACAUCGGCCACGGUGCGUUUUGUACGUCCCAUCAUGGGUCCGUGCAGGCCGACCCCCAGUUCGCCAUGGACCGCCGAGAGCCGCGCCCUGUGGGCCUCUCUCAGCGGCGGCACGAAGGCCGGCGGCAGCGCAAGGGGCCGUCCCGCUGGCGAGCCCGAUGAAGCCUACAUCACCGAAGAUAUGAGAGACAAGGCGUACAACAUCUGCCGCGAGUUUCUGAGUGGGACGUGGAAGAGCAUCUCGAGCCGGGACAUGGUCUUCAAAUCCGUGAGUGGUGGCCUUAGCAACCUACUGUACUACUGUUCAUUGCCGGAAACUCACACGCCCCUGUAUGGCGAGCCCAGCCAGGUGCUGAUGCGCAUGUACGGCCAGAUCCCCAGCGAAGGAAGCGACACCACCGUCACCGAGAGUGUCAUCUGUACUUUGCUGUCCGAGCGCAACCUUGGCCCCAAGCUCUACGGUGUCUUCCCGGGAGGACGCCUCGAGGAGUACAUUCCUGCACGAGCGUUGACACUCCAGCAGUUGAAGGACCCAGAAAUUUCACUGCUGAUCUCCAAAAAGUUAGCAAGGGUCCAUGUAUUGCAAGCCCCCUUGGUCAAGGAGCCCACAUGGCUUUUCAACAAUAUGAACAGGUGGCUCAAGUAUGCCCGUACCAUCAAGGUGGACACCGUGCCCAUCAAGCAACAUACCAUGGCUGUCAAGCUGCUCACAGUUGACCUUGCAGCUGAAGUCAACUGGCUGAAAGAGUUCCUUGCGAAGACCGAGUCUCCGAUUGUGUUUUGCCAUAAUGACCUACAAGAAGGAAACAUUCUUUUCAUGGAUGGUCCGGGUCCCAAGGAAGAGAACAUGGUGUUCAUUGACUAUGAGUAUUGUGCCUACAACUACAGGGGCUUUGACAUUGCAAACCACUUUUGCGAAUGGAUGUAUGACUACUCUUAUCCCGAGCAUCCCUACUUCAAGGCUCUGCCUGGAGACUAUCCUUCUGUAGAGCAUCAGCGACUGUUCAUUGCACGGUACCUCGCGACAUACACCAAGUGCCUGGCAAUGACAAAUGAGCCUAAGCAGCCACCAAAUCUGUGCACUGUGGACUAUGUCCUCCACGAGGCACGUGUCUUCACAUUGGCCUCUCAUCUCUUCUGGACCCUCUGGAGUAUCUUCAAUGCCCACACAUCAAAGAUCAAGUUCGGCUAUUGGGAGUACGGCCAGGCACGACUUGAUGCAUUCAUGGAGCUGAAGCGUGAACUGCUCCAGAAAACAAGUCCACCAGAAGCAGCACCUUCCACCAACUGCACGUCACAAAGGGUUGCUCAGCCAUGAGCAGGCGUCAUAGCUCCUGGGUGCCUGCAUUAACUUUCUUCCUCAUCGGUGCAUUCAAGGUGUGUGCAAUGACUGAGCAACACCGAAGACUUCCAUUGCAUCCACUCACCACCUUCACAGUGCAAAUCCCCAACUCAAGUCUCAAGCUUCCUGAACAACAGAAUGGCUGAUGUUCUAUGUUGUGGCAAGGCAAAUUCAACGAGUCUGAGCUGUUCUAUAGUCAAAUCUCGAUACAACGAAUCUCAAGGGACCGCUAAAAAUCGUAAAUGCUACCAAAGUAGUCGCCUACCUUUGCUGGAUGUGCAUCCACAAUCGCGUUAUUCUUUAAUAUUAACACGAAGUAUUCCGGAAUGAGUAGACGUGUGUUUGGUGAAGAUCGUGAUCGUGAUCGUGCACUCAACUGCUGCAAGACGAACUCUUCAAAGUGCGCAUCCUUCUUAUGCGCUUUGAAACGUUGAAACGUUGAAAAGUCGGAUACCGAUUCUUUGCGUUGGUUUGUGCACGCUGUUUCAGCGUCGUCUUUGCUCUCGUCAUCCUCAUCGCCGUUUCCUUGGUCACGGCAAAUGGUGUUGACCUUAUUGAUCGUCAGUUCAGCUGACAUGCAUACUUCAUCGUAGCACUGGUCGCACUGCGCGUAGUGUUUGAACGUUAGUGAAGCAUGCACGAGAAUCUUUCUGCGACCAUCCCAUAGGUUGCCUGCGUCGCAUUCUUCCCUGUCGCCGCGUUCCUUUUGUGCUGCUUCUGGAGCUCAUCGUGAACGUACAAACACCAAGCUAAAGGCGAGUAAAACAGGUGUGCAACAAGCGUGCAGACGUAGCUGGCUGACGAAACAAAGGCAGCGACGCGAAGCCUGAUGAGAAAAACAAGUACAGGCGAUAAUGAUUGCAAUAGGGCUGUCACAAAUUUCAAAUAGGGCAGGCGCAUAGAUAAAUAAGCGGGCAUUCUGACGAUGAUGAUAGCGGCACAUAUGGAGCUAGGCAUUGUUUACACUGCUGCGAGUAACUUUUUAAGUUCGUAAUUCAUUAUUUUGAACUGUUGAGAUACAAGGGCGAUAAAAUGUCAUACAUUAUUUUGAAACAUUCAGUAUAUUGAAAUUCGUAGUAAAAUAUCAUUACAUUGAACUGAUGGACAUUUGGAGGGGGAUUUUCGAAAUAGUCGUUAAUCUGAAAAAAUUGUUAACCUGAGGUUCGCUAUAACGGGAUUUGACUGUAUCAUGUGCACUGUGUGCUUUGCUGGCAAGGCGCUUUCUCCAGUACCACAUGAAAGAGACUUGUCUCGAGUGUCUGGCCAUUUCGCAUCUGUCUUUUAUUUUGGUAUGGGUUGGUGUGCUUGUACGAAUAGACCAAAGUGACCCAGUACCUUUCCUCUAUCACUGCGUUUGACAUCAGUGAGAAAAGAGCUAUGCUGUGGGCACUAAACUCAAGCUGUGCCACCGUGGAGACGAUGCGUGGCAACGAAACAUUUCACGAGUGUUGCCGCAUUUUCUUUGUUGAGGAAGUACACUCGGCACGUUCCUUCCACAGACAGUGCUGCAGCCACGCUGCGGGUUGUGCGACAACAGCACCAGCAACCACGUUGUCUGAGCACACUCGCUCCUGGCUACAGCCCAUUUGUACUCAGGGAGCAAACGUCUUGCUACCCCUUCUUGUGUCUUACCUGGGCUCUUCCCAAGCCAUUGUUGCAUUUCAGCACCGUUCCUCAAGUGUGCUUGGAAGCCACCUCCGAGAGGUGUUUGUGUGUGUAAAGCACUGGGUGUGCCUUACUGGUACUAUUGAGUAAAGCUCGCAUGAUUGGAGUGUGUAGCAGCCUAGAAAAGGCUAUAAGGACGAAAGCUGCAACCCACGGAACACUACCGUUUCUUCUUCUUUUUUUUGAACCUGAAGGAGUUUUCUUUUGCCAUACACACUGUAUAUUGCAGUGCUGUUGAAAGCAUAAUGAGUCUGUGCAGUAGUAAAACUCCUGUCUCUUUUGGGUAAAGGUGCUCAAAUAACACCUUUUGCACGCGUACACCUUAUGGUGUGUAUGGUCAAUGCGAAAAGCAAAACGGCCAUGGUGCUCAUCUGUCGCCAUGUGGCCAUAUGUUACCUGGGGUAAAUUGCGAGGCAUAGUGUGUCUGGUUGUGACAGGACACCUCGUUGCGCAUGAAGCACAUUCGCGGCUCUCAGUAGCCCCAGGUCACUGCACGAGGAUAGGCUUUUGGAAAUACUGGGUACAAAGCUAGCAGCUGCAUCUGCCCUGCAUUAAAGAAAAGGAAUUUUGCCGGUGAGCUGUUUGGGCCUGCCAUAUAUAGCUCAUUUAUGUGGCUGAAGCACAGCACUGUGCUCCAUUGACUCUGUGUGCUGCUUGUGUAUUUUUGUACUUCGAUAGUGGCCAUUACUUUUUGGUGUACGUUCUUUCUGUUAGGGCUGCCUUUUUUCUCUAUGUGCAUGCAAAUGUUACCAAUGGGAACGGCACACAUAGCACCUGUAGGAUUAGUGGUGGCUGUUGCUGCGGCGACAGAGAUGCAUUUCUUGCGUACGUUUUCGGUCUUGUUUUGUGAGCUGGCCAUACAAGAAUCGGGCAAAUGUUAUCGCAUGAAGCUGUUGAGUUGACAGAACCAAGUAUGAUGCUUUGCUUUAACCGAGGGAGAGGCAGUGAAUGAGGUAAGCACUGGAUCACUGAAAGAAACAAGAAUGGUGCUCUAGUCAUGGCAUUUUUCCUUUUUUGACAGUCCCCCCCCCCCUCCCCCACUUCCCCUCCAACCAAAGUUGACAGCCAACAAAGCAGCUGGGGCUUUCCAUUUCCUGAAUGGGAGAGAUGGUUUUGUCUCAACUGCAGUGACCACUGCCCACAUUCCACCGAUUGCUAAAACUGAAUCAAUAGCUGUGCAUGCCUCUGAAUCCCCCUCAAAUUCAUUUGGUGCAGACUGCCACUUUGUUAUCCUCACAGGAGUUGUAUAUAGGAAACCAGUAGGAAAAAGAACAUCUGACCUGCAUUGAAGGGUCUCUAUUGUCAGUGCAUUUCCUGUGAGAUGAUAAGAGUGCCACAGGGUGUAUUAUAUAACAGGAUAGGUACUUUCCGAAUAUAAGCAAUGGAGCUUCGAAUUCUCACGUUUGCUCUACCGACUAGGUUUUACUUUUAAUAUUGGACAACCCCAUAUUGCACACAAUCCAUAAUGACAGGUUUAAAAAAAAAAGAAUUGGUAAUUAGGUGCUUUGGCACUAGUGUUGAAUUGCAUACUAAUGAGAGAUUUGAUAGGCUCCGAAAAGCUUGCAUCAGAGUUGCACUGAGUUGAUGCCACAUGCCCUUGGUAUUGCCGUUUUUCUUUUCUUUUUUUUUCUAAUUUUUGUAACUUAAAGAAAACUUACUGCCACUUUCAGUGUUGUUUUGCUGUUACACUGCUUUGGUUCGGCAUAUUUUGCUUUUUCGGAGUUGAAUGUUCUAAAUGAAUGUUCUAACUGUUUUGGCAGCAUUUAAUGAUGAGUGCAAUGUUUGCGGUUGCAAGUGCUUCAGAGAGUGGCGUUCAUCCAGAACGGUGUGCAAGUAUUCGCAAGUUUUUAUUUGCAUUUCUUGUUUACCAUUUUCAUGCUUACACGAGUGCAAUGUUCUUGUGUUUCGUUUUAUGUGCUGCCACUGAUGUGUCACUUAAACGAAUUCUGUGCCCCUGAUUUGUGUGGAAUUAUUCAUUUGGCGGCAAAGCCCGUAGUAGUGCCGAGGAGGACAACAUGCAGGUGUGUUUUUUUUGCCUUCCUUCCCUCCUGGAAACUGUGGUUUCUGUCUGUGUCACAUAUUUUCAGAGUUUACUACUCCUCAUGACCUAGUCUCCCAGACUGAACUAUUUUUUAGCUUUUCACACAAGCUCUCUUGAUGUACACUGUGAUGUGUCUGUAAAUAAAGGUGAUACUGUGAUUUACA